CUUCUUAAUUUGUUUUGAUGUAUGGUUUUAGGUUAUGUUUUUGUCAAAUUGUUUUCUAUAUUUUAUAAUUUUCUUAGAAUUACUUUUAUGUGAAUUUGUUACAAGUGGUAAAAUAUGAUGGAGAUGAUUUCUAAUUUUUGGGCAAAUUACGUUAUGUCUAAUAACAUUUCGGAUAAUAUCUCAGAGAGUGGUGAUGAGGACUAUGAUGAAAUAACCCUAGAUGCAGCAGUAAAUGUUCCCAAUUUUGUAAAUGUUUCUAAAAAUAUUGAAAUAAAAAAGAUUUCCAAUAAGCUAGAUGAGAGGGAUGUUGUGGGAAUAAUAUUUUUAGGAUGUGAUUCACCAGAAAGGGCUUUAAAUAUUCUUGAAGAUGGAUUUAUUAAGUGCAAUAUGGAAAAUGCUAUUCUGGAUUGGACAAAAACAGAAUCAAACUGGCAGAAAAAGUUGGUUGAAGCCCUAUGUAUAAUACAGAAUUUUAAAAUAUUACAUGAACUGGGUUUUAAUAAAAAUGAGGUGAUUAAUCAAUAUUUACCUUACCAUAUUUACGUUUCUUGUGAUGUUAUGAUCAAAAGAAAAGCCUUGUAUUUUUUGUGUGAAAAUAUGAAUUCAAUUGAAACUUCAAGACUUAUAAAACUGGUUAAAAUGGAUUUUGAAGCUAAUCGAUUAAAUUUUAAAUUGUUUACUCAAAACUGUUAUUUAGAACUUUAUUUACUGCAUUGGGAGACUUUAAAGUAUGAUUUAAGUAAAAUUUUAAGCAAUCUUAAGAGUAUGGAACUUUCAGGUUUGCAAGAAAAAUUAAGUAAGGUUUUAAUCACAAUGGAUAAUAUAAAUCAAAUUAAUUCUUUAGCAUCCACAAGUAAAGAUGUUUUAACAAAACCUACGCCAGUAAAGCAAAAAUUGCACAGUAAUAAAGCUGUAGAUAACAGUCAGUUAAUAAGCAUUUCAUCUAUUAGAUCAGAAGUAUCAAGCAUAUCAAAUAUUAUAGAUGAAGAGGAUAAAGAAAGUACAUACGAUAUAGAUCCCAAUAAUCCUGGCCUUUGUUUGAUUAUAAACCAAGAAGCUUUUUACAAAGAGUUAGAUCAAAAAUAUGUUAAUUUAUUGUCUCUGCAUCCAUUUGAAGAUAGACAGGGAACAGAAUAUGAUAAAAACAAAUUGGAAACUACUUUUAAAAGCUAUGGAUUUAAGGUAGUUGUGGAGAAUAAUUUGACGCAUUUUGAUUUGAUAGAUACUGUGAAAAAGGUAGUUAAGGAAAUAACUGUAGAAUCCAGCAUUUUCGUGUGUAUUCUUUCCCAUGGCGAUAAAGACGUAGUUUAUGGAACAAAUAGCUGUAAAGUGGCUGUAAGCGAAAUUCAACGGAUUUUAACGAAAUCAAACAAAACCCACCUGUCCGGAAAACCAAAAGUGUUAGUUUUGCAAUCCUGUCAAGGUAAAGAAAAGCAAAAAAUCACAGUGUCAGACGACGAGUCCGAGGAUGAGCUGACUACAGAUGGUGAUCUAACUACUGAUGGCCCGGUCACGGUUCAAGAUACUGCGGAUAAUUUGACUUUUUGGGCAACUGUCCCGGGGUAUGCAGCCAUAAGAGACAAAAAACAUGGCACCUGGUUUAUACAGACUCUGUGCGAUGAAAUGCAGAGAUUGGGACAUAAAACACAUUUUCAAGACAUUUGUACUUCUGUCAAUAACAGCGUUACUGCUAAAAAAUGGGUUGAUGUUGUUAUGACCCCUUUAUUUAUUUCUACUUUUCGUAAGAAAUUUUAUCUUCCCCCUAUUAGAAAAUAAAGUACAAUAAUU